CUGCUUGUCUCGUUUUCGCUAACUUCCGCUCUGCUGGUCUGACCCUCCGUGUCCUCCAACAUUCGCGAUUUGACAGCCGGCUAUCUGAGGACAAUAUCAACAAAAAGUCAUGGUUUUCGAGGAGAAGAUGAUCACGAAUGGAGAGCCCGAGGAUGAGGAGGAAGAAGAAGAAGAGGAGGAAGACAUGGUGGAUCCCCUUGAAACAAUGCGACAGAAGUGUGCAGAUACGGAGCACUGCGUUCACUAUCGGGAGCGCCUGGAGCAUUGUGAGACCAGAGUCGGCUCCCGGUCUUCAACACUGGAGGAUUGUACCGAGGAGCUGUUUGACUUCCUGCAUGCCCGUGACCACUGCGUGUCGGACAAACUGUUCCAUUCGGUCAAAUGAAGUCCUCCCUGAAGGUUGCAUAACUGGCUGAUGACAUACUUCAAAUGUUAUGGGGAGAACAUUGUAUUAAAUACAUCCAUAUGUGGAUCUGUAACUUUAUAUGUACACAUUACUGUAUCUGUAUAAGUAUUUAACAAGGUAGCUUGAGUCAACAUUUCAUUAAAGUGGAUGGCUUGAAAACCUGA